AUGUCCACCUCCCAACCCCCAGAACUAUGUUCUGGGAUAAAGAAUGAGAAAAACACUCUGGAGCGGGAGGGAGGAUGGGAUGUGUUCUGUGGCCCCGUGUCCACCUACAAUUCUCAUUUCAGGACGACGCGGGAGGACACGCCAGCUGAACCCCAGGGUCUGGCCUUGUUCAGACGGAGAACACCUGUGCCAAAUCCCAGCUGCCUCUCAAAGCUACAUUAUAGCAGCUGUUACCUCGCUACAACUUUCAGCCCUAACCAAGAUCAUCAUGCAUAUACUCCACCAGCAAAAGCCAAACUGUCGGGCUUCACUGGUGGCUCAGUGAAAAAGAAUCCACCUGCCGAGGACACAGGUUCAAUCCCUGAUCCAGGAAGAUCCCACAUGCUGCAGAGCAACUAA